CAGGAGCACGCGAAGCGCCUUCUCACCAAGGAGUGGCUCGCAAAGAACGACAGCGGAUCUUCUACCCCAUACCUUAUGAAAUUUUUCUCGUCCACUAUAGAUCUUACAUGCUGCAUUCUGGUCACAGAUACCCGCAACGUGUGGGGAGAAGUCUUAUCGAGUAACCAGUUCGCUCGAAGAUGGCGCGACUGUAAUCCGGAUACUGCGCCAGAAAUGAUGUCUGAAAACGAGGAAGAUUCGUGGAGGACGAGAUGUCUAGAAUUUAUGACUUCUGUCCACACAAUAGGUGCCUUUUCGGAGCUGUCGUUCGAGGCCGUAGACACAAUGUUCUCUGAUCUUGCCUUUACUUUGGGCAACGAGGCCUUUCGGUGGCGCUGGGAGACACUCGCUGUCCCACCCCGACUGUCAGCAGACAUCCUGUCCACACACCUCAUUUUGCCGCUCAUCAGCAUGACCCACGUCGCCUUCUCUGCUUCUGAUGUGGUCGGGAGUGGCUCUGAGACCGGCAUAGAGAAGGCCGUCGACAAGGUAGGCAGGACUGCCCGACGGGCGCAAGACACACACAUCAAGAACGUCAUCUCAAAGCCGCUAAUCGCCACAACGCUGCGCCGAAUUACGGCCAUCUUCAACGCCGUGCCGGAUCUCCCGCGCGUCGUUGCGGACGCGCCAGCGCCGGACUUCGCUCCACCGUCGCCCCCUGCGUCCACCGCUCUGCGGAAGGCUGGGCCUUCCUCGAAGCCUCCGCUGCGCCGGAUUGCGAGCCCUUCUCCCGCUCACGCGUUCAAGAAGGUACGGUCAUGGGGACUAUAUUCUAUAAACGGGAAGCUGACUGCGGCCCCGCUGUGUGCACCCUCCACCGUGCAGCACAAGAACGAGGACCCGCCGAGCAGCCCCGUGUGGCCAGACGACGAACCGGCCGCCGCCGCCGCGCCCACGAAGCCGCGUCCGCCCGCGGCAGACUCUGCUCCCCCCGCGGGCAGGAGCCCCUCGCCGCCCUCCCCCGGCGCGGGCGGCGCGCCUUCGUCGUCGCCUCUGCCGCCCCCGCCAAAGAAGGCAAAGCGGGGGGCGGUGGCGUCGUCGAGCAGCGAGGACGAAAGCGAGGAGGAGCGCAAGAAGCACCUCGCGCGCAUGAAGGCGGGCUCGAGCCGCGGUGCGAAGCAGCCGCUGAAGCGGGGCGGGAAGCGCUUCUGA